GUUUUAUAUUCAAUUGUGUCUUUGUAUUUCAGACCUCAAGAGCGUCGGCGCAGAGACCUUUCUGGUACAGCAAACAACACACUGUUUUAUGAGGGCGGCAGAGGGAAUACCACUCUCGGCGCUGGGGAUAACAGUACAGAUGGCAUUCCUCCUAACGUAGAGUUCCCCUUCAGUGAAGACAAGAGCACAACAGAGUAUUUAGAGAUCCCUAAUCUGCGGCCCUUCACCGUCUACCGCAUUGAUAUCCAUGCGUGCAACGAGGUGGUGGGGAAGUGCAGCGCUGGAGCUUUCGUCUUCUCCAGGACCAAACCUGCAGUCAAAGCGGAUGACAUCCCCGGCAAGGUGAUUUUUGAGAGGUGUGACAAAAUCGAGGGGUGUGUGGUGCUGCACUGGCCAGAGCCCGUUAUGCCCAAUGGACUCAUCUUGAUGUAUGAGAUCAAGUUCCGCUUGGGUAAUGAGCCUGAGAAGCACAAGUGUGUGUCGCGACAGGAUUACCGCCGGUACAAAGGAGCUCGACUAACCAACCUUGGCUCGGGGAACUACUCCGCCCGAGUGCGUGCCACUUCCCCGGCAGGAAACGGCUCCUGGACAGAAAGUGUUUUCUUCUAUGUGCCUCAACCUAAACGUGAUGACGGUGUUACGUUGUAUGUGGUCAUCAUAAUUCCCAUCAUUGUGACAAUUUUUAUCGCCAGCCUCACCACCAUCCUCUUCUAUGUGAACAAAAAGAGGAACAGUGACAGACUGGGGAACGGUGUCCUGUAUGCAUCAGUCAAUCCAGAGUACCUCAGUGCUACUGAGAUGUAUGUCCCAGAUGAGUGGGAGGUAGCAAGGGAGAAGAUCACUAUGCACAGGGAACUGGGCCAGGGAUCCUUCGGCAUGGUGUACGAAGGCAUCGCAAAGGGAGUAGUGAAGGACGAACCUGACACGAGAGUGGCCAUCAAGACGGUCAAUGAGACGGCCAGCAUGAGGGAGCGAAUUGAGUUUUUGAACGAGGCCUCUGUCAUGAAGGAGUUCAACUGUCACCAUGUGGUGCGGCUGCUUGGCGUGGUCUCUCAGGGACAGCCAACCUUAGUGAUUAUGGAGCUGAUGACUCGCGGAGAUCUCAAGAGCCACCUGCGCUCCCUGCGCAAAGAAAACGCCACCAGCCAGGUCUUACCCCCACUCAAAAAGAUGAUCCAGAUGGCUGGAGAAAUCGCAGACGGUAUGGCGUACCUAAACGCCAACAAAUUUGUCCACAGAGAUCUGGCAGCGAGGAACUGCAUGGUAGCAGAGGACUUCACUGUGAAGAUUGGAGAUUUUGGCAUGACCAGAGAUAUUUAUGAGACGGACUACUACCGAAAAGGAGGAAAGGGCCUGCUGCCUGUCCGCUGGAUGUCUCCAGAGUCACUGAAAGAUGGCGUGUUUACUACAAUGUCUGAUGUCUGGUCAUUUGGUGUCGUGCUGUGGGAAAUCGCCACCUUAGCUGAACAGCCUUACCAGGGGAUGUCCAAUGAACAAGUGCUGCGCUUUGUCAUGGAGGGAGGACUCUUGGACAAACCUGACAACUGCCCUGACAUGCUGUAAGUCUUUCUUUUGUCAAAUCUGUGACCCUGCCCUUAAGAACAAUAAAACUAAGUAACAUCAGCUUGGAUUUAUGAAGGAUAUUUUAUCCUCUACAGCCGCAGCCACCCAUGUCUUCUGUCCUAUUAAUAUUUUGCCCUGUUUUAUUUUAAGUUGUGGCUCUGAGUGUGAAGGAUAUCGUGUGUAUAAGUUAAGGUAGAGCCAAGACGAGGGCCGACAUUAACGUCACCGGAUAAAUGUGGUCCGUUGACGACAUAGCUUCAGUGGUCAGCUGGCAGUGAGAACCCUGCUCAGCCUUCAGCGCCGGCCCAUAGAAGGGAUGCCACUAUCAGUGUGUGAAAGAUGCCCCUCAUUCCUACUACGGAGGGAGGUAGUGCCUGUCUGUCAGCGUGGGGGAUGAGAAAGUUAUCAUUAUUUAAUUUUAAAUUAAUCAGUCAAUCAAUCAAACACUGGCUGUUAGAGGGGAAAGAAAAGCCAGAGCACAGCCUGCUCGUCGGCAUGCAGCGCUGCAUACAUGCAUUUCGAUUCUCCGCCUCUGACCUCAAUAAGAAGGCAUUCUGCUCUCUCCCCUCCCACUCUCCACGGCUGACCUCACCUUAGAAAGAGUGUGAGUAGCAAAAAGAAAAAAGAAAAAAGAAAAAGAGGAUCAAGUGUUGUGCAGACACAAACCUCGCGUUUCUAUGGCAGCGUGGCUGUUUUGUCCU